AUGGCCUACUCAGGAAUCUACAAGCUGGAUGAUGGGAAGCCUUACCUGAGCAACUGCUUUCCAGCCAAAAAUCUGCUUCGGAUGCCAGAGGAAGGCCGAGGAUACUGGUUAGUGACUCGGAAAGGUAACCCCAAGAAGAAGCCCAAGGGUGUUAUCAGGGCACCAGCUGAAGGUCAGGAAAGCCAGAAGAAGAUUUCUUUUGACGUUAAAGGGAAGAAGAGGUCUCGGCAGGACAACCAAGUGGACCUACCUGGACACAUCCUGGACCGGGCUUUUCUGCUGAAGCACCACCGUGUAAAGAAGCCGUCAGACCUGUGCAAUGUUAAUGCUAAGGAAAAGGACUUCAAGCAUUUUCAUUCUGUGGUUUAUAUCAAUGCCUCAGAAAACCUGCUGCCUCUAGAUGCAUUUCACACAUUUCCAGCCUUAAGGGAACUGGAGCUUGCAUUUAAUGGCAUCAAAACAAUCUAUGUGAAAUAUGGAGACUUUAAGUUAUUGGAAUUUUUGGACCUUUCCUUCAACAGCCUGACUGCAGAGGCCAUCUGUGAUCUGGGGAUUCUGCCACACCUCCGUGUCCUGCUCCUCACAGGCAAUGGGCUCACCUCCCUGCCACCCAAUUUGGCUGUCACAGAGCAGGAGGCAUCUGAAACAUCACUGACAAGCAAGAGGUACAUCCUGAAGUUCCCAGCGCUGGAGACACUGAUGCUGGAUGACAACAAACUCUCCAACCCCAAUUGCUUUGCCAGCCUGGCUGGGCUCAGGAGACUGAAGAAGUUAAGCCUGGACCAAAACAAGAUUUUCCGGAUCCCGUACCUACAGCAGGUUCAGCUCCGUGAUGGGUCAGGGGACUGGGUUGGAGGCAGGGGAAGUCCCCGGAAAGAGCCCCAGUCCAUGCUACAGCCCAAAUCAUGGAUGACUGAGGCCUCAGAUGAGCAACCGGAUUAUACUGUACUGCCCAUGAAAAAGGAUGUUGACCGGACAGAGGUUGUGUUUUCAUCUUACCCUGGAUUUUCAACCUCAGAGACAACCAAAGUAUGUACACUUCCUCCCAUAUUUGAGAUUCUUCCUGUGAAGUCACUGAAGGUCAGGAACCAGACACUGGCCCCACCCUUCCCGGAGCUGAGGUACCUUAGCCUGGCCUACAACAAGAUUACAAAGGAGGAUGCUGUCCUGCCAGUAGCUCUCUUCCCAUCUCUCUGUGAGCUCAUCUUUCAUAACAACCCUCUGGUGGCCCAUACACGAGGGGUCCCUCCACUGCUGAAGAGCUUCCUCCAGGAGAGACUGGGGAUCCGCUUAAUUCGAAGGAAGAUAGUAAAGGCUAAGCAUCAUAUUUUGAUACCUCGGAAGGAAUCGCGGAAGGUGAAAACUCAAGUUCCGAAGGUGCCGAAGCAGCCUCUGCUGCUCCAUCAUCACCCAUGCGUGACCACAAUCCAGUCUUCCUCCAGGGAUAUGCUAGAGCCAGAGGCAGAGCACGCUGAAGAGCUACCCACUGCCCAAAGCACUUCUCUGGGGCCAAAGAUACCCCCUGAGGGCGUGGAAGGCCUUUCCCUGCCCCACCGGACCUUCGUGCCACUGCCUCCCAUCUGCUCUGACUCCACUGUGCAUAGUGAAGAGACUGUGUCCCGCCCGAGCGACACAGCCAUCCAUCUCAGCCCAGAGCAGCCGUCAGAUGAGGACACCAAGAGCACAGAGUCCAUCUUCCUGACCCAGGUGAGUGAGCUGCCUUCCUCCAUCAUCCAUAGGGAUGAUUUACAGGUGAAGGAGAAAGACCAAAGGAGACCACCAACAGCACCCAGAGAGGUGAAGAGGACUCGAAGGAAGCUCCCAUCUACCUCCCUCCCCAGCAAGUACCGUGGCUAUGAAGAGCUGCUGACAGCUAAGCCUGAUCCGGCCUUCACUGAGCCAAAGGGAAUCCAGAAGAACGCACAGGCCUUGCAGCACAUGCUGAAGCACCCACUCCUGUGCCGCUCCUCCAAGCCCAAGCUGGACACUCUUCAGAAACACUAUGUUCCCAAAGAGAAACAGGCCCAGAGGAUCCCUAUUCCGCCCCCACGGAAGACUCGAGCCCAGCUGCUGGACGACAUCCUCAUUCGCAUGCGGGACCCGCGGAACAUUACAGAGGCUCCACUAGGCGCCGUCCUGCGCCGGCGGACCGAGCAGCGGCUGGUAAACCAGAAGCAGUACCUGGAGGCCAAGCGGCUGCUGAAGGAGUUCCGGGCGCGCUACAGGCGGCUGGUGCGCGGCUCACUGCGGAGGGUGUUCGGGGCCACCCUGCUGCCACCAGCCCAACCAGCGCUGAGCGAGGGCCAGCCCAAGUUUGGCCGCUUCCUCGAGUUCAUGGAUGAGUUCUGCCAGGAGCCAAAAGACUAG